AUGAUGAUCUCCCCUAUGUGGCACCGCCUAAUCUUAGGGACACUGGUACUGGCGCCGCUGCUGAUGAACGGUUCAUAUGCACAGACUGGAGACCUUGAAAUAUGUCUGGACGCUAUUGAAGAGGCCGACACAAGUGGAAACAAUAGAAUGAGUAAGGAAGAAUAUGUCGUUUUCCUAAACAACAUCACAAGCGGAGACUUCGGCUUCACAACGUAUGAAAAUCUUCCGGAAGCGUUGUUGAUGAACUUUGAAAUAUAUGAGCAGACUGGAGGUGUCAUCGAUAUUCGGGGUGCAACACUGAGAGCAAAUGCAAACAAAAGACAGAAAAGAGUGGUCGAAACCCUCUGUGAAACCACGGACAUGGCAAUAGCAGUUCUUCCGACUUACGUAUCGGUGAACAGAAACUCGGACUUGGAUUCGAACAGUACCGCUUCCAUCGAAUCCAACACGACAAGGCUGUCCUUGAAUGGCACAGACCACCUCGAAUUCAUCGGAACUAACCAAACUGCAUUGGCGCUUCAAAAUGAGACAUUGUCAACUCCCAACGUGACAGCAUCUGGAGGAUACAACAACACCAACAUCACCGAAACUACUUCUACUUCAUCUACUUCCAACACCACACCGCCACUGUCGGAAAACGAUCAAGUGGCCACCAAUUAUUCAUCGCAGCCAAACGCAACGGAUGCAGCGCUACAGCAAGACCCGACGCAUGGGCCUACCGUAGCCAAUGCCACCAUCGCGCCAAGUGCAAUUGCUUCAGCUCCCCUCGGCGAACCAGAGAGUUCGCUGCCCCCGACAUCCUCGCCGAGUUCGGCACCGACAGUAGCCACCACUCGGCCUUCUGUGCCUACACAGAGCCCUUCUUUGUCCACACCAGGUCCUUCUGUUUUGCCCACGGCUCCCAGCACUCUCGAAACAAGUUCUGUUCGAGACAUUAAUGCAACCGCCGGCACCAACGACACUAAUGACACCGGAACAGAUCUGUCCACUUCAUCCCCAACCAACGCUCCGACAAAUUCCACGUCCGAGCCAGAACCAACCAUCGCACCAAUCGAUGUUAUGUCCGCAGACAACGUCACUAAUGCGACAGAGGCAGAUAACGGUUCCCAAUCGGUAUCUUCAGAGACAUUACAAGCGCCGACAAUGGCUCCUUCUCUAGAUCCUCAGUCCGGCUGCAAAAUGGUCAUGAGUUUUGCUGACAUAGACGAGGACGAUGCAAUGAAUGAAAUGGAGUACGUUUGGUUUCUAAAUGACAACUGGGAUAAUCCCUACCCUGGUGCUGUAUUCCAGGAUCUCCCGCAAGGAUUGAAAGACAACUUCAACAACUUUGCAUCCGAAGGCCAGAUUGACAUUAGCAUGUUGAACUCUGAAAAUCCAAUGUCCAACGAUCAAGAGGCUUUUCUGGAUCGGGUCUGCGCCGAAACAGAAAUUGUGCUGUCUGCUGAGCCAGUCAGUGAUACUGACGGAGAUGAGGCAUCGAUGGCCACGUUCAAGGAAUGCCUAGAGUCUUUAACACUCCAUGAUGAGAACGGGGACUCCUGGCUCGAGUUCGAUGAGUAUGUUGCCUUAAUCAAGGUGUUAUCUGGUGGAGAUUUUGGCCAAGACAACUUUGAAGCGCUUCCAGACGAAUUGCAGGACAACUUCUAUGCCUUGGCAAUUAGCUCCAGGAUUGACCUUGGUGGAGCCAAACAUGGAGCUGACCUCUCAGCUCCGCAGAAAGAGGUCCUGGACACAAUUUGUAUUGAGACUAGCUAUGCUCUGGAAGAAGCAAACAAGAAUGCUGGAGAAGGAGAUACUUUCGACACGGUAGAUACCAACACGAUGCUCGAGUAUGCGGCCUGUUUCAUGGGCAUGAAUGAUGUCGACCAAAACGAUGACUUCGCUCUGGAUCAAUCAGAGUACAUUGAUUUGAUCAACUUGAUGGGCAAAUACCGCUUUCAGAACUACAACUUUACGCAACUCCCGCUUCUCCUCCAGGACAACUUUUGGAACUUACAGACCGAUGGCAGCAUCGACAUCGAGGGUUCUCAAGAAGGUCAAAGCCCUGAUAGUGCUCAGCAACACCAUCUAGGAGAAGUAUGCCUGGAAACUACAGCGGCGGUGAACAUGGCAAUCGCCAUGGCAAUCGAAUACACUGGGUCUGAUACUUCAAUGACGACGGCAAGCCCUUCUGACUUGACGCCUCAAGGUGAACCGAUCGUCAUCCAUUCUUCCUUUAACAUAUACAGUGAUGUUUGGAUUGCCGGCGAAGAAUUUAUCAUGGGAAUGACUAGAGACAGUUUACAGGAGGCGUACAGACAAUUUGUAAUGGAGGCCAUUGAUGGAUUGAGGCAACAAGGCAGGCAAAGGCAGUAUUUUGGGGGGCGAAGCUUGCAAGAAACAGUCCGGAGACCGCUUGCUGUGCUUGAUCGCGAGAGUCCAUCCAUCGACAACAUUGUGGAUCUGAACUGUGCUGGUGCCAGCGAAGGAGCCAUCUGCAAGACUGUGUUUGCCUCUUAUAAAAUCUCUCCAAUGGACGGCGACAUGGACCGACAGGGUUUGUAUGCCGAGUAUGUGCGAGUGACUCAAUCCUUUAUCGACGGUGGCCUACUUCAAAUUACGUUGGAACGGGUGAACCCAGAGACAAUGAUCACGCGGACGAUGACUACGACGAGCGAAUGGAGGCCAACCGAAAAGGACUAUUGCUUUCCAUCACAGCUGUGGAGUAGAACACUGGGUUCUAACAUCGCUUCAAUCGGAAAGGGGUCCAGUGAUCACAGCCAGCAAAGGAAGGAGGGAUUCAUCAGCCUCAGCCAGAAUUCAAAGCGAGUCAAGGAGAUCUUCCGGAUCCGGUCGAGCCGAAUACCCCAGCAAUACGCCUAUCUUCGCGAAGUUCGGCGUUUGGGUGGCGACCUGGGCACUGAGUCUGAUGAAGAUGGCAUGCACGACGAGGAACUGGGCAAAAUGCAGGUCAUCGAUCUUGCUCCGUGCAACGGUGUCAAUGCAGCCACCAAUGACUUUGAAGCAAUCAGCCAGGCUCAUAUGAGAAAUCUUGUGAAACGGCAGCAGCAACAGCACUCAAGAGACGGUGUCCCCCCUUUGCGGAGAAAGAAGAACGACGAUAUGGGAAGCCAGGCCUCAGAAGACUUGAGCUUUGCGUUUCGAAGAUAUGCUAUUGAUGGAGAAGACAAGAGGAAACCUGAUGAGCCUCAAGAGCGAUAUGGUGACUUCUAGCUACCUGGAUCGAUCAGCAGUUCUGUAAACAACACACAACAUGGGCUCUCGAGGCCUACCACUCGUAGAAUGUAACACUAGUAGCUUGGACCUCUAUGUAUUGCAGC